AAAGAUGUUAUGAAUGGACAGGCGCACUGGUACACCUUACAUAAAACCCGGGAAGUCGUAGUUCCAGGAGCACGCCGAGCCGGAAAAUCGGCCAACACUACGGCCGAAUCAGUGAAGGCAGUUAAGGUUAGUCUUGCAGAUUCAAUGCGGUAA